UCAUUGUUCAGCAGCGCUCGCGCUUUUCUGAUGUUAAUCAAAACCCGGCCGCCCCUGCCUGCGCGCGCACACACACACGUGCGAACGGAGAAGUUCAGCUAAAGCCCAAAAGCCGCAGUGCUGGAGUUUUUCUGAGCGCGGGAUGAAACAGAAGCGCUGAGGCGCUUUUCCGGCUCGUCUGUUCAGUUUUAGGCGAAAAUGCUCCGGUUUGGAGUCCUGCUCCUCCUCCUCGCGCAGCCCGCGCGCUGCUCCGCGUGCCCGCCGGGCUGCGCGUGCUCCGAGGCGGCUCAGACGGUGAAGUGCGUCUCGAAGGAGCUCCGCUUCGUCCCAGCCGGGAUCCCCGCCUACACGCGCAACCUGUUCAUCACCGGGAACCGGAUCAGCCGCCUGGGACCGGGCAGCUUCGCGGGACUGGACAAUGUGACCACACUGUCACUCAGCAACAACAGAAUAUCUGAGGUGGCGUCUCACACCUUCUCCAGCCUGCACAACCUCCGAUCUCUGGAUCUCAGCAGCAACCAGCUGGCGCUGAUCCACCCCGAGGCAUUCGCGGUGCCGGGCCUCAUGCUGAAGGAGCUGAAUCUGAGCAGAGCGCUCUAUAACCACUCCUCUGUCAUGGACCUGGCCACCUCACUGCGCUGGAGUGGCCUGGAAGGCCUACAGAGUCUGGACCUGUCUGGCAAUGGGCUCAUCUACCUGCCCCCUCGCAUCUUCUCCCACCUGAGCGGCCUGCGGCGCCUCCAGCUGGCCAACAACUCCAUCGUGUCCAUCUACAAUGAGACAUUCUCAGGCCUGGGGCAGCUGGAGGAGCUGGAUCUGAGCCUCAACGCCCUGAAGAUCUUUGGAGACGAGGGCCUGGCGGAGCUGGAGCAUGUUCCUGGGGCGAAGCUGCACCUCGGGGACAACCCGUAUAUGUGCACAUGCGGGAUCGAGCCCUUCACCGCCUGGCUGAACGCGUCGCGGGUGCGCGUGGUGGAUGUGGAACGCCUGGUCUGUCUGUUCCCCGUGGAGCUGCGCAACACCUCCCUGCUGGCGGCGGGGUCACUAGUGCUGGGGUGCCACCGGACAGGAGAGGGUGAUAAUCUAGCCCUGCAGACGUCCUACGUGUUCCUGGGCAUCGUGCUAGGCUUCGUGGGGCUCAUGUUCCUCUUUGUGCUCUACCUGAACCGCAAAGGCAUCAAAAAGCGUGUCUACGACAUGCGGGACGCCUGCAGAGAAGUGUGGGAGGGCUAUCACUACCGAUACGAGAUCGACUCCGACCCAAGGCUCUCCCAGGUCUCCACCACUGCAGACGUCUGAUCUGGACUCAGCUUGGACUCUUUUGAUCCUGAGCUCCUCUAAGCUCCUGGACUUGCUUUCAAUCUGGAGGAAAUCAGUGAAUAACUCUGUGUCUGUGUCUAAAUAUGAACGUAUUCUUGUUAAAGUAGGAUUAUUAUAGGCUUUUUCCACUCUAUGAAAGCAUGCACUGCCUUUUCUCAUGUUCAGGAGCCGUAACAGCAAGCGCACUGCGGCCUCACAGUGACCGGGCCCGCUGGUGGACUGUCCGUUUUAAAAUAACAGCAACACUUCACUGAAGGGCAGCAUUCAUAAGGCUGCAAUACACUUACAUUGUAACUGACAUAAACCUUUAUAGAUGUUUACAAAGGCUUAUUCCAGAGAGCGUUAGUCUAAAAUCACAUAAAAGCUGAAAUACUUGGGGGAAAUGUAAUGUUUUUUCUGGUUAAUAUUGCAAUUAUUUGCUAAAAAUGAAGGUCCAUUUUUCCAGAAAAGCAGCACAUGCGUUUGCUCAGGCUAGAGGGACUUUAUGGCUGCGUUCAUUUCUUCACUUAAAACUUAAAAUUGCAGUUCCAAUGUAAAAGUGAUUCAUCAUCAUCAUUGAUUAGAGCAGAGAAGUGAUGACUGACACUUGUUACAAUAAGCUUUUAGAAAUGUUUACGUAGCUUUAAGAGCGUUAUUAUGAAAGGUUAAUGUACACUGCCCUUCAGUAAAGCGUUAGGAGAUGCUUCCAGCUGUCCGUUACGUCCACAGUCUGAGUACAGAUAAGUGCCUUUGGUCAACCAGAGACAUGCUGACCAUCACGCCAUUCCAUCUAGAUCUGAGAGGCGUUUACAGCCUUUAAAGCACAUCUGGGCGAAUUUGUGAAAAUAUAACAUCACAAUACUUCAAAGAAAUUUUCACAAUAUAUCACUAUUUAUUUUCUCUGGCAUUUGAUCUUGUUGUUUUGGGAUAUAAUUUAUCACGAUAAAUAACUAUGUUGUCAUAUUGCCCAGCUCUACUUUAAAGGAAACAGAUUGUUCUCCAAACACACUGAUUUGGCCCUGAGAACCGUUCUAAUGCAUGCUGUCGCUGCAUGUUCCUCACAGAGCCGCUCGGCGCUCCGUCCCUCUGCCUGCAGGGAGCCUGCGAAGAAUGUGGCUGCCUUUCUCUCCGUGGCAUUCCAGCUGGAGGAUAACCUUCUCCACAGCUCUUCGCCAUUGUGCCGGAUAAACGGAGAGCGAGAGACAGAAAUGAAAAGGAGGAUCUUUCAGGGAAAAGGAGCCAGCUGUGGAAAUCUCUGCUCCUCUUCUGUUUCUCUGCUUUUUUUCCCUUCGGAAGAAUCUUUGCUUUGUUUUUAUUCCUCUCAUUUUUAUUGUCAGGAUGAUGAGAAGCAGCCCUGGAUGAGGGUUUGCUGAAGACGGCGGUCGGCCGCUGGCCCUUUGAAGGCCCAGCCUGACUCGGCUCCUCCAGAGCUCGGCAGCUUUUUCUGUUUAAGGGACUUUGUGGUGAUAAGAUACAGAUGAAUCCGGGGGGCCGCCUCGCUUAAGGGUCCCCUUCCCUUUUUCUGAGUACAGCAGAAAAAUGCAGCGGAGUGGACCCUCCAAACGUGUACCUGAUGUUCUAUAGAACCAGCAGCGUGGACAGAGAAUGUGCACAGUUUGAAAUGUCUUUUUAAAAUGGGAAUAAAGCUCUGAUUAAACCCUGAA